AUCACAAAGAUGGCCUGCGGGGGAUUUGAACUGAUUGUGGCUUUAGAGACAUUUCACUCGGACUGUAUGUUUGGGUUUGAUGAACUCGAUUGUUCGGAUCUUUUGUCUAUGGGUGGAAGAUGUGGGAUGCAUAAAGGAGUGAAAGUGGAGAUGGGGACGCAUCCUCACAGCAUGAAACAGGUGGUGAACAUCAUUGUUGCUCUGCAGAGGAUGAAGCACAAACAGUCAACUGAGUUUGGCGAUGAUGAACUGCUCAAUAUCAUCAUGGAGAAUGUGAUCGAAGAGCAUCAUGUCAAUUUUGUAAGUGCAGCUCAGUCUUACGUGAAGACCAUCUACAAUGUACAAUGUUCGGUGUGCGAUGCGUUCCAAAAAACUCUGGUGCGGAGUGGUGGAAGUCCAUAUUUGAUGGCUAAAACGCUGAAAGGUGGCAAUGACCAGUACAAAGUUCGAUUCAGUCUGUCGACUUACAUGUCACCGACUCCCACCAAGCCUGGUUCGCAACCCGUUUGCCUGGGCAUUUCUAAGAGCAACCUCUACCUUGCUUGUACCAAAGCGGAUCAGUCUAAACCUCCUACCUUGGUCUUAAAGGAGAUCAAUGACACUCUCGACACCAUUGUAGAUGGUGAUGCCAAUGGAUACGAUCACCUCCUCUUCUACAGGACAGAGUCCGGAGUGUCUAACAACACUUUUGAAUCGGUCAAAUUUCCCGGAUGGUUUAUUAGCACCGCCUUUGAUGAUGAUGAACGGGUGGAAAUGUGCCAAAAAUCAACUGCGCGCAUCAACAAUUUCAUGCUGAAUGACAAAGAAGUGAUCAAGAGCUAGGAAACAUAUCUGAAUUAGCAAAAUACAUUUUCUAGAGAGUAUGUACUAAGUACAGUUAUCUGGAUUUGUUUGUUAAACAGAUUUGUCAAACGUGUCACUGCAGUAUGGCUUUUUGUAUUAGUCUUAUACUGUGGAUAAUAGUACAUUCACAUUGAAUUUUUUUGUCAGAUCUAAUUUAUUUUUCUGUUAUUUAAUAUUUAUAAAGUUAUUUGAAACAAUCAAGUUUUUUGGAUUUUAAUUUUGUACUUG